AAGUGGCACUCGGCCCGUACUACCCGUGGUUAUCCCGUGGUACUACCGUACUAAGGCGUUGACUGAAGAAGAAAAAUCUUCAGUCAACAACUAAGGGCAUCUAGCAUUGGCAUGUAGCCAUUAACGGAUAAAGAAGAAGUUACGACAUGAUUGUAAGGCGGACCCAAUUCAACCUUGACCCCUACUUAUUUGUAGAUGCUGCAUAUUUCAAUAACCGGUAAUCUCAUUAACUCCUUUGACUUUUUGGUGAAUCGAGAUCAAAAUAUCUAUUGAAAUGGCGGGUAAAGGUAGCAAAAACAAGGAGCCUGGAAUUAUUGGGAAAAGUUAUUUGAUUGCCUACAACUUGGGGCAGGUUCUAGGAUGGACUUAUUUAUUGUACCAAAUCCAGGGCUACUACUUGGGCUUAGCCGGUAACAAAUCUCUCUGGAACACUGUUGGAACAACAGUUGUCCUAUUUCAAAAUGCAGCUGUUUUAGAGAUUUUUAAUGCAGUGACUGGCCUGGUGCCAUCAAAUCCUCUCAUUACUAUAUUCCAAGUUUUCAGCAGAGUGAUGGUAGUCUGUGGAGUCAUAUUGGCUACUCCUCUAGAGUAUGCUGCUGCCUCCCCCGGACUUCCACUGGCUCUAACUGCCUGGUCUUUUGCAGAAAUCAUACGAUACUUAUAUUAUUUCUUGAAUCUUACCGGACAAGUUCCUUAUCUUGUCGUGUGGCUCAGGUACACAGGCUUUAUUGCUCUGUAUCCGAUUGGGGUAACUGGUGAGCUACUCUGCUUUUAUGCCGCGCAACAGUAUGCUCAGGUUAAUUCUGAUGCGUGGAGCUAUACUUUACCAAAUGCUUGGAACUUUACUUUCAACUAUAAUUCUCUGUUAAUAGGCGUCAUGCUUCUCUACAUUCCACUUUUCCCACAGAUGUACCUGCAUAUGUUUGCUCAAAGACGCAAGAUUCUAGGAUCUGUACAGGCCACAUCCAAGAAGACUCACUGAAUUCCUAUUUUCAUUGUACUUUACUGAAAUAUUUUGGGGGUCACGUUUUUUAUUUGUUUUGUUCCAUUUUGUACACUAGGAUUUUAUACGUAAAAAAAAAUUCUGUAUGUAAUGUGAUUGAAUUAUACACAAUAUAAUUUGAGUAAGGCUUA